GUCAGAGAGAGCUGCUGCCUGGCUCCCUUGCGGAACUGGAGAAGAGCAAGCGCGGGGCCUCUCGUCUGGAGAAGGUGCCCUUAAAGAAGCCAAACCUCAGUGAUGGCAAGGAUAUCAAGAUGAAGAAAGGUCCGGGUGACAGACAAGCAGGAAGGAUGUUUGGUCCGCAGCGGGGUCGGGGCCGUGGUCAGCGCAAUGACCACUUCCGCCAGCGACCGCCCAACACCAGCCGGCCACCGUCCAUGCACGUCGAUGAUUUUGUCAUCAUAGAGAAGUCGCAGUCAGGGGUCAACCGACCGGGGGCCAUGAAGAUGGACUCGUCUGCACUGAGAGGGCGCGGCCGCAGUAGCUAUGGCGAUGAGAGGCGGGGCGGCCGCGGACGCUUCUUCACCCCGCCGGGAAACUACUCGCGCCGGGAGGGCUCCAGGGGAGGAGGGGGAGGAGGACUUUUCGAGGACAUGUUUUUUUUCAAGGACAAUCUGUGA